GAUUGGCCGGAUCAUCUCAAAAACCACCACCCUCCGCCUCCAGCCCUCCUCCUACUACCGUUCGUCCCCUCUGAUUUCUCUCUCUCUCUCUCUCUCACUCCCUCCCUGUCUCUCUACCUCUCUCGCUCCUUCUCUCGCCCCUUGUCGCAGGCUAUCUCUGUCAUUCUCGCGCCCGUACACUCUCGACUCGUCGACGGCCGCCAGGGAUGGAAUACAACCCCCACUUUCGCCACUGCCGCCGAACAACCACCCUGCCACCGCUGCCUGCCACGGUGCCCGACGACGAGUGACUGAGUCCUCCGAUUAUUAUCUCAUUUGCUGGCACGAGCACCACGCCACGUUACCGUCGCCCGCCAGGAUCCCCGUGAUAGAUCCUCGCUUCCGUGGAUCGGCGAGAAGAGCCAACCCCCGGAAACCAGCAACCUGUCGCCUCGUGUACAGCGAAUCGUCCCCUGAAACCAAGAGCAGAAACAUGACGACGACCACGGGCGAUCCCUCGACGCUGAAGAGUCCAGCCUCGUUGUCCGGCGGCGACCUGGUCUCCCGCCUUCUGGCGGCGACGCCGCCCUACUUGUACAACGUGCCCUUGACGCCGCACAGCUUCUUCUUCAGCGAGAUGUUGCGCUCGUUCGUGCAGGCGAAGAGCGAGGUCUCGUCGGCCAGCAACGCGUCGACGAGCGUCCCACGCCGCCGCAAGAGAUCGUGGAGGGACGCUCGGGAUCGGCCGUUGGAGUUGACCACGAAGGAGAGGCAGCAGCAUCACCAACACCAUCACCACCACCACCACCACCAUCAACAACAGCAGCAACAACAACAGCAACAACAACAACAACAAUCGACGAUGGAUAAAUACUUCCAACACGGGCAACAGCAGGCGGAGGCGAGAUUGGAGAACGGAAAUAAGCAGAGCGACGGGGGCUACGACCCGGCCAGCAAAGUGGGCAACUUCGAGCAGAAGCCGAGCUUCGACAUGUUGAAACCGGUGGACGAGGGGAAGGCCGAGUUCGGGAAGCAGAGCAAGUGCUUCUUCGACGAGAGGCCCCGCCACUUCGAGCAGGCCCAACCGCCCGAGGCGAUGUUCCCAGGCGAGUUGCAGAAGGUGAAGCCCGAGGAGACCCACUCGACCGAGCGCAAGAGCUGCAAUUACAACGACAGGAGCUCGUACGACGCGAAGGGGAACCCGUUGGGUAAUCAAGAGCUGCUCCUGUCGGACCAGAAGAAGCUCGACUUCUCGAGGAACUUCCUCCCCGGCCUGCCGCCACGGGGCUGCGAAAUGCUGCCGUCCGUGAAAGGGUUCGGCCUGGCAGGGAACGUGGCGGCCGCCAACCCGACGGAAUUCCUCCCCGGCCCCCUCUGGUACCCGCCCUACCCGAUCCCUCAAUCGUACCCGGGCAUCGACCCCCUGCACUUCUUCAUCGAUCUCCGCGUGUCCGGCCACAUUUGGGACAGGAAGCUGAGCGAGAGGCAGCUCCCGUUCAAAGGGAAGCAUUGCUCCGCCUUCAGCGUGCCCCAGUCCAAGGAGUACAACAGCAACAGACCGUUGAACUUGACCAGGGACGAGGCUGGGACGUCGAAGAGCGGGGAGGAAAAUCCACGCGGCACCAAUUACAUCCUCAGACACUUGACCAGGACGUACAGGGACAUAGGCCAGGCGAGGAAAGGGCCCAGGAGCGAAACCUCCGGGGAGAGCGAGGAUAAUUCCAAGGACGUUGAUAACAAUAGCGAGAGGUCCCCGAAGCAGGAGGACACGACGAGCCCGGAAGAGGAGAGGAAAGAUCUUCGAGCGUUGAUAGGGUUGGAGUUGGUCGUGGAUUACGUGAAAGAGCCGAAGGGGGAUACCUCGAACGAGCAGACUUCGCAAGUAACCGAAUAACUCGUGAAAAUCGAGCCAUCCUUUUUUUCGUUAUCGCCUGUAUAAAUUAGCGCGUAGCUCGUCGACACUUUUACCGACCUGAUUUUCACUUCGACCACUUCGUAUAGAGAGAGAGACUUAAAAAGAAAAAAAAAAGAAAAGACGCGGAAACUUGUUUCGAUCGUUGCAGAAGAAAUCAAAAACGGAUCGUCAAUAUUAGAUUUGCCAAUUGCUGUAUAUCGCGUUAUACUUAACGAUAAACAAUAUAUUUCGUAUCCUCUUGUGAAUCUCUUAAUUUCUUAAUAUCACGAACGAAUUUUUUUUUUAGAGACAUUUCUAAUUUAUUAUAAUUGAUGAAUCGAGUAACGAAUUUUCCGAGAUAUUCUUUUACCUUAAUUUCCUUUUUAUUCGAAUAUUUGAAUAUUUAGAAACAACUUUGCACAUUUAGAGAUAAUUAAAAAAAACUAGCAGCCUCGAACUUUCAUCUGGUGCUAUCCUGACAGUGUACAUCGAUCGAUGUGAUCGAACGUGUAACACAUAGCGUCUUUCUUUUCGAUAUCCUUAUCACUUAUCGAGGUUCUUCACUUCGUGCAAUCCGUGUCUGUUAUUUCUUCCAAGGCUCGAGAGAGGGUCAUUUUCUUAGCGAGGAGAGAAAAGAUCGUAGAGAUCUGUUUCGUGGAUACGCCUCCACGUUUCCAAAUUCGACUGUAUGUGAUAUGCGAUGUACAUAUUAUAUAGUAGCGUUCUAUUGUAUCUAUAUGUAUUAAUAGAAAUCAUUCGACUCCUGUAUAUUGAACGUAAUAAAAGUAAUGCGACACAAUCAA